UAUUCCUGAAGGGAACUGACGAACAUGAGCAGUGCAGACGCGACGAUCAUCUGCGCCACGGAGGGAUGCGGCAAGCCCGGCAAGAUGGUGUGUCCUACGUGCAAGAAGAUUGGUGUCCCGCCUGGCAUUAGCAGCUUCUGCACGCAGGAUUGCUUCAAACAGUACUGGCCCCAUCACAAAGGCCUGCACAAAAUGUUCACCGUUGACCCUUCGACGAAAGCAGACAAGUUCUUUGGGUAUAAAUUCUCGGGCUCGCUGCGACCAGGUGUUGUGAGCCCCAUGAGGACGGUGCCCGAUCACAUCGCGCGCCCGGACUACUGGUCUAGCGGCCAACCCGUCUCCGAGCAACAAGCGGACAGAAGCGGCAAGAUCCCAGUGUACACGGCGCAGGAAAUCGAAGGCAUCCGAUUGGCUUGUCGCCUCGGCCGUGAAGUGCUGGACAUCGCUGGCCGCGCCAUCCGCGUGGGCAUGACGACCGACGAGAUCGACGUGAUCGUCCACGAGGCAUGCAUCGAGAGGGGAUGCUACCCGUCACCGCUCAACUACUACAACUUCCCCAAGUCCGUGUGCACGUCUGUGAAUGAAGUCAUUUGUCAUGGUAUCCCCGACUCGCGCCCGCUGGAAGACGGGGAUAUCUUGAACAUUGACAUUACCGUGUACAAGGACGGGUUCCACGGCGAUCUAAACGACACCUUCCUGGUGGGGAAGGUCGAUGCCGAUGGCGUCCGCCUGGUUAAGACUGCAUUCGAUUGCCUGGCCACUGCCAUAGCGAUGGUCAAGCCUGGCACGAUGUACCGCGACCUCGGCCGUGAGAUUACUGCCGUCGCGGAAGAGCAAGGGUUCUCUGUCGUCAAAACGUACUGCGGACACGGCAUCGGGUCCCUCUUCCACACAACGCCGAACGUCCCGCAUUACGCCAAGAACAAAGCCGUCGGCAUCAUGAAGCCAGGCCACAUCUUCACCAUUGAACCGAUGAUCAACAUAGGGUCGUGGCGAGAUGGACGAUGGCCGGACGACUGGACCGCCGUCACGGUGGACGGGACCCGGUCCGCGCAGUUUGAACACACCAUCUUGGUCACGGAAACGGGAUACGAAAUCCUCACGGCCCGCGAGAACGAACCCGUCAUGACCUGGGACUUGGCCAAAGUUCAGCGAGGACUGUAGACGACGCGCGGUCGGACGACAACGAUCUAGGAGGACAGGUUAACACAAGCAAGUGAAGUGCGUAUGCGAACCGAU